AUGUUUAGCCGGUCUGCGCUCUGCCUGACAAAGCGGUUUCGCUAUAACACAAAGUAUCCAGCUUUGGUGUCGUACAACAAACUUCCGUGGGAAAUACUGAACCAUGAAACUCCAGAGUUUCACAUGCACGUGGCACCACACUAUGAGCAGAUCCUGACGCUCGCUGCGGCUACAGUUGUGCCGCAUCUUGUUAGUAAAAAACACCUGGAGGUUCAGCCAGAGCAUCGGCUGCGGCUGCUUCCUGGGAUGCUGUACAUGCUGGACGGCGAUGGAACUCCCGAAGGUUUUACCGCCAACCGCGUUGUGGACCCGGUGGCUCUGCAGUACUACGGCCGCCUGGAAAGUUUAUUUGCACCUUUGAAGGCGGUACGGAUAUUGAUAUCGGACGAUCUUCGGCUUAUUUGCAACACUGUCACAUUUCAGGGACCUUUUCGACAGCCAGUUGCGCCGUAUGCGUCGUUGGCCUCGUUAGAGGCUGUCACGCAUAAUUCGGGUAAUUCCUUCACAUUAUUUCACUUUGUUAGACCAAACCGGCCACCGAGCGAGCUGCAGCUGGAAAAGUAUUACCUCCACGCUCCUCGUGUCUUGUCCUUGGCGGGGUUUGCGUCCACGAGCAACAGAAACUGGGAACCAAAAUUGCAGGCGCCGAAGCGCAGCAAGCGGGUGACGCCACUCCCUGCCUAUAGACCGCCCCAAAGUUAUUUGAUGGGUCUAGCAGAACGACUUGCUGUGGUGCCCGGUAGUAGUUUUGGCCGUCGCUCGUUGAUGUGGGGGCACUGGUUUUAG